GGAAUGUAGAUGUCGCGCCAUUUUUCUUAACCUUUCUAAUUGGUUUUUCACGGCGUUUGAAACGAAGUUUGUGGUUUUCCAGCCGGUAAGGAUUGUUUUUCUAAUAUGUUAAAAAAAUAAGGAUUAGCACGAAUCAGAGUAGCGAUGGAUGGCCAAUCCAAUUGCCUCUUUAUCACGUACGUCGAGAAAGAGGGCCCGUUCUUGAAAGUGUGGGGGCAAACGGACAAAAACACGUCACUUUAUAUAGAACAAGUCUUGCACAGCUUCACAAAUCAAUUUGAUAACGGUUUAUGCAUUCCACACCCAGAAGCACUGCAGGUCGGCAUUCUCUGCUGUGCAAAGUACAAAGACAAUAAGUAUUACAGAGCGAGGAUCACAAGUUUGGAUUUCUUGCAUAACAGAUACAUUGAGGUGAAUUUUGUGGACUACGGCCACAAGGACAUCGUUCCCGUGUCGAAUAUAAGGUCCUUGGAGGGUUUUGAAAAUUCCUUUGUGUCCAUUCAACCGCAAGCCGGGUCCUUUUUGCUGGCCGAAGCUGUGUGUCCGAGGGGCGAAUGGAACGAUGCCUACCUUGACGAAAUAUGUAAAGAAAUUCGAUACUCUGAAGUGAAUUUCAGUAUUGUCGCACAAGUUACUAAACAUUUUCUUGUUAGACUGUUUGUGGGCGUUAAUGAUUUGGCUAUAAUUCUGAUUUCAAAGGGUCUUAUGAGGCAUACUUCAUUGACCACGCAGGAGGCGGUUUUGUUGUCCAUGAUGCCUCGAACACCGACUGCACAACAAGCUUCCAGCCAGCAAAAUAUAGCAACGUAUAAAGCUUUUACUUUGGAGCCUGGAAGCCAGUAUGAAGUUUAUGUGUCAUAUGUUACUGAUGGCCCGUGUAACUUUUCUAUACAACUUAAACAGUCAGAAGAAGUAUUAGCCAAGCUAAUGAAAGAGAUAAAUUGUAUGACUUUGACGCCAAUUGAAGGCAUCCCUCUUCCUGGAACUGUUUGCUUAGCUAGAUGUAUGGAAGAUGCACAUAUUUGCAGGGCUGUUGUUACCAAUGAAGUUGAUGGACAGUAUAAGGUUUUCUAUGUCGAUUUUGGCAACUUCGAGGUAGUGCCAUUAGAAUCACUGUACGAAAUUCCAUUCAAAUUUGUGAUACCUAAAGUAAUGGCAAUUCGAUUUGCAUUAGCGGGUGUGGAAAAGUCUACCGUAACCUUAGAAAUGCAAUGCGCUUUCAAACAGUUUGUCGAUAACCGUCUCAUCCACAUGAAAGUUAUGCCGAUGACAACUAGAACUUCUCUGCCACGAUGUGAACUGUGGGACCCAGAGAGUCAAAUAAGCGCUUUAGAUAUAGUUAAUCAAGCUGCGUCAGCAGGAUACCCCGACCAUAUUUCUUUAAAUCGAGGCUUUAGUCAACCCGUUAAAGUUAGCUACGUUUUUAGCUGUAAUAGAUUUUAUGUCCAAUUGAAAACAAGACUAGACGAACUGGUGAAGCUUAUGCUAGACAUACAAGUGUUGUGUCGAGAUGUUGAUCCGUUGAGUAAUAACAUGAUCAAAAAGGGAAUGCCCUGUUACGCACUUUAUGAAGGGGACCAACAGUGGUACAGAAGCCAGAUUGUUGAGGCUUUAGGAGGUGGAAAAGCUAAAGUUCAGUAUGUAGAUUACGGGAACGAAGAAAUCGUAUCAAUAUCGCUUCUUAAACCAAUCGAAGGACGACAGCUAACCAUUCUUAGACCACAAGCUAUAGAAUGUUGUUUGAAUGGUUACCAAAACAUGGAACCAGAUGAAGAACGAGACAACUUAUUAGAAGAGUUAAUUUUAGAACAGGAAUUUACAAUGAAAGUUGUUGAAAUGCAAGGAAAGAAAGCUUUAAUUGAGUUGAUCGACGCCGCUAAUUACAAUGUAGCUUCCUUGUUGUUGGAUAAAAUCGCGGUUACUAGAUCUCAAGUUAGUCCCAUGUUGGUACAAGCUGGCAAUAAAAUUGAACAUAGGAAAACUUCUCAACAAUUUGGUUCUAAAGAGCAGCGAAAACCGGAACGUGGUCCAAGACAAUGGGCAGACAAUUCAACCGAAAAUUCUGGUUGGAGACAAGAUGGUAGAGGUUCUCGAAAUAGGAACAAUUACGAAACAAACGAAAGUAACGACAAUAAUUCUUGGCGACAAAACAACAAAGGAUUUAAUAAAAAUAACGACCGAAAUAAGCGCGACAACGACUUAAACGAUUCGACUGAUAGCGACAGGCACAGCAAUAAAAGUUUUGGCAGGAACGACAGAUAUCGAAACGAUUUGAACUCGAGAAAUUCAGAGGGCGGAUCUUGGAAGCAAAAUAAUCGAGGUUUCAAUAAAAGUCAAGACAGAUUCAGCAGAGACAACAACAGAAACGACUGGGCGAGUGGCGAUGAAAAAAGAAGCCCGAAAAACAAAGACGAUUGGGGCGGAAAUAGAGACAAUAACAGACAGAACUUUAAUUCAAAACAGAACGACGAUUGGGGUGGUGGCAAGGAUGACUGGAAAAAUAGCAACAACGCUAACGAUACCGAAGAAUGGGGUAAUGCGAAGGAGGGUGAGACUAAACCUUUCCGGAAACGAGAAGAAAAUUGGACUAGUGGUAGAGAUGGAGGAAGGAAGAACUUUACCUCCAGAAGGAAAGACGACUGGAGUGGUGGUCAAGAAAAUGACACAAGGCAAUUUAAUAAAAGAGAUAACUGGAGUAAUAGAGAAAACGAUAAGAAAAGCUUCAAUUCUAAAGAUGACUCUUGGGGAGAUACAGAAAGUAAACCAGAGGAUAGUUGGGGUAAUAAAGAAAGGAGAGGUAGGGACAAUUUUAAAACGAAUAGGAACAGAUUUGACGAAGGCAAUAACGAUUGGAAUAAUACCGAAACCGGACAAAGAGGUGGUUUUAAGAAGAAGCCAGAUUUUAGAAGGGAAACAAGUGAGUUAAGCUCAAGCGGUUCAGAGAAAAGCUUCCGCAAAGGAUUUAAUAAAGACAGAGGAGAUAACUUUCGCAAUAAAACUAAGCCGAAUUUUAACAAAAAAUUCGAAAAGCCUUUAAACGAUGCUUUCGGAAGUAACUCGGGAGGGGGCGAUACCUGGAAUACUGCUCCCGCUACCACCACAGAAGUACCGAACGCUGCUCCGAGUACAGCUAAAUUCGUUAAUCUAAGUAUUGAUAACACAGAAUCAAUUGUUCUUAUCAGCUGGUUCCACAAUCCCACGAAUUUUUAUUGCCAAAUUGAAAACACCCAAGAGGCAUUCAAAAAAAUGAUGGAAGAAAUUCAACAAGCUUACAAAAGCCAUCAGUCAAGUGGGGUUGAAAUUGGUGCUCCAGUGAUUGCCUUAUUCCCAGAAGAUAAUGUCUUAUAUCGCGCUCAAAUUUUGGAAACCGUCGGCAAACAGUUCAAAGUAUAUUACGUUGAUUUUGGCAACGUUUCUAUCGUUGAUAAAGUUUGGCCGAUUGAAAUGCGAUUCAUGGAACUCCCGGCUCAGGCUAUUUGUUGUCAGCUGAAUGGCAUCGAACCGCCGGCACAGAGUUGGUCAGAUAGUGGCAGCUUUAGUGCAUAUUUUGAUAAGAAGCAAUUUUUCUGUAGAUUUGUUUCGACAGAAAAUGAUAGAACUGCCGUUCAUCUGGAAUGUGAUGGUGAGGACAUCGCAAGUGCACUGGUGCGGGAUGGUUUGGCUAAAGCUGCAAUGCCUCCCGCUCCGCCUGAGUUACCUCUUCUGAUAGGGCAGCAGUUUAGAGCUAUGUUAAUCAGUAUGAAUAGCUUAGCUGAUUUUACUGUGUCUCUACAGUCAGGAGUUUUAUUGAGUUGCAGUGUUUUUAAUUUGAGUGAAUCAACAGUAACAUGGGAAAGUAACUUGCAGGAAAAAUUGGAGCAGAUUUUGAUUGUUUAUGUUGAUGACCUUAAAGAAGAUAGGUUGGAGGUCACUGUGUACGAUGAAAAUGGCGUAAAAAUUAAACUAGUAAAUAACGAUGAAGGAGCUUAUGAAUCUGUAGAACUCCUGUGCCCAUACUUGAUCUUAUAUUCUUCCACAUCUGGUGAAAUUACUUACAUUGAAGACACAACUGUUUAUAUUCAGCCAUCAGAUUGCGCCGAAACUAUUGAAUACUUGCUCAACAGAAGUUUUGAAUUUUACGAAAAUACCCCAAUAGAAGAACCUGUCACUCCGGUUGAAAAUUACCUCUAUGCCGUUAAAGGCUCUGACACGAAUUGGUAUAGAGGCAGAGUAACAAAAAUUGAAGAAACCAAGGUUACGGUUACUUAUGUGGACUACGGCAACUCAGAAGAAGUUGAAGUUGAUGCUUUGCGAGAACUGGCCUUAGAAUUUAUGCAAUUACCAAUUAUGUGCAUAGGGGUAACCAUUCAAAACCCUACCGAAGAUCUAAUUGGUAAAGUCGUUUUUGUGAACCUAACAUUCACGGAAUCCGGCCUAGAAGGUGCUAUACAAGAAGAAGAAACCCCUAUUUUACCUGUAGAAGAACCUCAAGAGUCUGUAAUUGAACCACAAACCAUCGAAGCAGUGGAACCUACUGUUCAAACGUCAGCACCGUCCGGUACUCAGGUCAUUCUAAGCCAUGCAGAUAGUCCAAGUGACUUCUACCUACAACUAGCAGAAUCUUUGGAUGUCAUCGAGCAGUUGCAAGCUAGUUUGCAAGAGCAAAUGCCUGAAAUGCCCGACAUGGAGAACUCUGUUGUAGGAGUAUUGUGUGCCGCCCCAUAUUCGUUGGACCAGCUCUGGUACAGAGCUCAAGUUUUAGACGCCGAUGCCGACAUUACCACCGUUCGAUUCGUCGAUUACGGUAACACGGAUGUCCUCGAGAACGAUAAAACUCACGUAAAAACUCUCCCGCCGCAUCUGUUGUCGUUGGAAGUCCACGCAACCAGAUGUAGAUUAAAAAUCAAACCAAUAGACGAAGAAUGGACCAGCACAGCAUCCGAACGAUUCGAUCAGUUGUGCAACGUCGAAACUCUGACAGCCCAAUUUUUGAGCCAAGACGAAAAAACGAACUACGUCGAAUUGUUUUCUAACGGAAUAAAUAUCCGCGAAGUGUUGAUUGAAGAGAACUUGGCUUUAGCGGACGAAAUUUUGACAGAAACGAGUAGUGUAGGUUUUGUCAGUCAUUUGAAUUCGCCGUCGGAGUUCUGGAUCCAGCUGGAAAACUGCGUAGACGAGUUGGAAUGGGUCGCCGAACAGCUAUCAGGGGCUGAGAAUUUCUCAGAGUUGGAAGACUUAGCUCCAGGUGCUCUGUGCGCCGCUCUUUUCCCGGACGACCAGAUGUGGUACCGUGCAAGAAUUUUGUCAAAUACCGUUGCGGGUAUCGAAGUCUUAUUCGUGGACUACGGUAACUCGUGUACGAGUUGUAGUUUAAGAGAGCUUCCAGAAGAAUUAGUGAUAAUACCGCCACUAGCACAAAAGUGUAGCUUACAAAAACCGGAGAAUUUGACUAACUGGGGACCGGAAAUGGUGCGGAAGUUCAGUGAGAUUUCCGCUGACGGACAGACUACUUUUAAUGUAAAGAAAUUGAGUACAGGCGAGACGGCGGUAGUCGAGUUGUUGCUCGAUGGAGUCGAUGUAACAACUUUGCUUUUACCAAAGACUGAAGAUGUCCGCGUUAAGAGUUUUGAAGGGUUGGAUGAGAUGAUCUUAAUUAAGGGCGAGGAGCAGUUGCAGACGAAGUACAAACUUGAAAGUUUGCCGGAUGUGACGUGGGGUGAGGAGUCUAUUAAGAAGUUUGAAGAGAUUACCGAUAAUGGUAAUACAAUCUUCCAAGCGGAAUUCUUUUCAGACGAUACAAUUAGAUUGUAUCUUGGCUUAAACGACAUCCGUCUUGAGUUAAACGGUGUGAAAACCACAACACCCGUUUCCAGUCCCACGAAGAUUCGAACAGAAGCAACCGAGAUCGACACCAUACAUUCCGAAGUAACAGAAUCUUCAGUUGUCGAUACUGUGAACGAAAAAUUAGAAGACAAACAAGAAGAUGCAUCCAGUGGUCUCGACGAUUCUGUAAAAUCAGAUAAAGAAAACGACACUCAACUGUCAAAUGAAGAAAAAAACGAAAGUUUUAGCGAUGUCAAAUCAAGUAAUGAAGAUUCUGAUAAAUCUAAAUCUAGUUUCAAUGAGAAUAUCGAUCAAGUAGUCAAUCACGACGACGAGCAUGUAGAAGAGGCCAGUACGAAAACUUCCAAUGUAGAUUCUACAGAAACAAAAAAAGCUGAAGCGACUGUAGAAAGUGAAAUUAGCAGUGAGAAACCAUUAGAUGCUGGCAAUUCGAAAAAUCUUUCUCAGGGUGACGUAACUCCCACGCCUUUAGAAAUCUCAGAUCAUAAACUAGCCACAACAAACGAUAAUGUAGCCGAAUCAGUGAAGACCGAUUCUAAGAAUAAAGAAGAAACGUUAGAAAAAUCUCCAGAGGUCGAUUAACUUUUUUUCAGGUGAUAACUUAGCAAGCCGAUAUUGUAUAUAGAUUCUGAUGAAUUAAUUUUUAGUACUUUUUAUAUUCCUAUUGAUAUUUGUUUUUAGCACUGAAUUUUCAGUUUUGUUUAUUAAACUACUGUUGUUUUUUUAGUUGUAGUACCAGACGUUUAAGAAGUUAAGCGUUAAUAUGUCAAAAAGUUGAAAAUAGUAAAUAUUAAAGCGUUUAUAAAAUUUCUCGACACGUUACAAAUUGCGUUUUGAUUUUGUUGUGUUUUUUGUAUGGAAGCAGUUGAGUGUCACGAAGGAGGAAGAAUGUAUUCCCUUCAUAUAAUAAAUUUUUGUUUUAUAAAA